AUGAUCUUGAAGACUUGCUUCUCUAUCUUGACCCUUCUCACCACAAUUCAAGCGUACCCCGGCGGCUCUUCUAGAUUCGCCGAGGUCUUUACCGAGAUCAAAGCCCGUCAAGCUACUGACGGCCAGCAUGACUCUACUGAACUGAUUGGGGACUUGCGACCUGAGUUCGGUGGCCCCAGAAGCGUUGUUGGACAGAAUAUCGCCAACAUCCUCACAGGGUCCGGAGAUCCAGAGAGCAGUCAAAUGUGGAAAGGAGGACUUUCGAACCCAGGAUCGGCAAAAUGCCAGGCGGAUACCUGUUGUGUAUGGCGACACAUCGCGUUGGAUAUGGAAAAGGUGUUCCGUGGUCCUAGCGGUCGCUGCACUGCCGAAGCACGAGGAGCCGUUCGUCUGGGCUUCCACGAUGCAGGGACUUGGAGCAAGUUCACCGAAGACUUUGGUGGUGCGGACGGCAGCAUCCUGCUGAGCGGUCGCGCUGGACUGGAGCCCGAGAUCGACAGGAAUGAAAAUCGAGGCCUACAGCUUAUUGCUGGAGUCAUGAACAAGUGGUACGACAAGUACCAUCCAUACGGUGUUGGUAUGGCUGAUCUCAUUCAAAUGGGUGCCAAUGUCGCUGCUGUAGUUUGUCCUCUCGGACCACGAGUCAGAAGUUUCGUUGGUAGAGUCGACAGCAGUCGACCUGCACUUCAUCUCUUGCCCAACGUCAAUGCAAAAGCCGAGGAUUUGAUUUCCCUUUUCAAGGCCAAAACCAUCAACACCCACGGCUUGGUUGCUCUGCUUGGCGCUCAUACGACCAGUCAGCAGCAUUUCGUCGACGUCUCACGAGAUGGCGACCCUCAGGACAGUACUCCUGGUGUCUGGGACGUGAAGUUUUACAAUGAGACCAUGAACACAGCCCCCAAACGUGUCUUCAAAUUCCCCAGCGAUGUAGUCAUCUCCCAGCAUCCCGAUGCUCGACCUGAGUGGAUCAAGUUCGCAAACGACCAGGAACAUUGGAACCAGGUUCGGUUGCUUUCUCAAUUUCUUUCUCUGACCAAGAUUUUUACUAACAUUCGANNCAAGGACUAUGCAAGAGAGUACAUUCGUCUCUCACUUCUUGGUGUCAACAACAUCAACAAUUUGACCGAGUGCUCUCAUGUACUUCCUGCUGAAACGACCAAGGUCUCCAUCUCUGAUAACGCAGCCGCGUUGAAGAAGUGGCUCGACGGCGUAGACAACAAAACGAUCAGUGAUGCAGUUGAAGCAGGCAAAAGGUCGAUGCGUAGAUCCACGAUCGAGGUCAAUUAUGGAUCACUUUCUGGAGGCCAUAGAGAUCGAUGUGGGAAAUCUUUGUCGAGUUCUGUUCAGUCUUUGUGUUAUGUCUCGAUAAUCGUCCCGCAAUCAAGAAUAUCCAUAAAACACGGCUAUCUCCAUCCUGCCUCUUGCUUGUUGUGA